UGCCAUACUAUUCCACCACUUCCUCCUCUUCAGUGACUCCCAGCCGCCGUCUCGCCUGUCUCCCAGAGUCCUGGCCUACGUUGUCGGGAGGAUAUGCUCAGGCGUUGAGGAAGAGAACAGCAUUUUUAAGGGGGGGGUGGGGCUGUCCCGACACCAUGUAUGUCUCCUAAUGGACAAAGAUGAACUUGGUACAUGUAAUGUUUUUAUCUUGUCAUUAACUUUAUAUAUAUUUUCUUUUCCUUUUUUUUGUAACUUGUAUCUGUAAAGUUGGUUAAAGUGUAUUAGCAGAUGGUGUCACCUUGACUACACCUGGAUCUGCUUCCUGCCUCCGCCCCAAGCAAGCGCCCACUGAGAGACAGAUAAGCAGACAGCUCGAUCCCAAGGAUUCCUGUUUGAAUGCAGGCUUCCCCUCCAUCCUUUCAUGUGUCAAGACUGCAAACCUUCACUUCGCCAUCCAUGGAAAGCCAUGUUCUGUCCAUGUGAAAGACAAAUCUACACGGGAAACUGGUGCCACCAUGAGCCCUGACGACCCAGUAUCCUCUUCUCUGAGGACAUUGGCCACCUCUGAUCAUGACAAAAUUAUGCAAAUGUGUGGCAGCCAAGUCCUGUAGCCAGCAUCCCCCCCCCCCCCCCCCCCCCCCCCAAAUUAUAAAUUGUUUUCCCCAAAAUAGGAGAUAUGGGUGCAACUCGCCCCUACUAAACCCAGGCACUUUUCUUACCAAGAGAGCUUAUUUUGUACAAUUGUUUAAAAGCAGUAGCAGAGUGAUGCUUAAAAAUAUAUAAAAGGAAGUGGCGUUGGAGGCAUUUGAAAAUGUACAACCAGUUCAUUUUAUGUGCAUUACCAUUUGUAUUGUACAAUGGGGUUUAUUGUACGCAAAUACAUGCAGCUUCAUGUAAGAAAAAAAUCCUUAAAAUAAGGAAACCUUUUGUAUUUUUGAGUUGAAAAGGCAUGUCAUAUCUACUUUUUAAAUGUAUUAAUGAAGAUUUAACUUUACAAGAGAUGGAGUGUUUUUUUUUCUUUUCUUACUGUAUUGUCUGUGUAUGGACGUUUAGUUAGGGCACUGUUGUAGAGAAAAUCUUUAGCAUGUAGAAAAAAAUAAGCCUGUUUUGUGGGGAAAGUCCUUCAUUAAAUUUUAAUCCUGGCACUUUUUCUGCAUAAAAAACGGAUUCCGAGCUGAUUUAUUUUCUGUGAUCUACAUUUCUGUAGUGAUUUGGGUGGCUGUAUUAGGUUUACAGUAUUCAUAUACCUGUAUUAGGUUUGCAGUAUUCAUAUACCUGUAUUAGGUUUGCAGUAUUCAUAUUUACCUUCGCCAAUACCGGGCCGAUUUACAUGAAACUUGUUGCAGGACUGGAGCGCGGAAGAACCUGCGGGAUGGGGCUUUGGCGGAGGUCUGUUCUCCGUGUGCCGUUUUUUUUUUUUUCAGCAGGCUAAAUGGGGCUGAGCUGAAGUGUAGGCCUACUGAACCUCCAAGCGUUGACAGAGGGGUCUUGCAUGUUUAGGUUACUUUAGAAACAUAAGGUUUUGAAAUGGUAAGAUUUAUGAGGUAGGCUACUUAUUUAAAGAAAUUAACAUUGCGUUGCCAAGAACUGUAGAUAUGUAGCCUACUCGUUUGUCCAUGUUGUUGCUCAGGCGCACCUUAGUAUAAAACGCUUCAAAUCUUUAUCAGAUGGGGAAGUUGGUUUAGUUCUUCCCUCUAGUAUGCCUUCGUCCGGCUUCUGCUAUAAGCCUCCUCAAAUAUCAUUGGUUCACUAGAAGCCGGUUUCAGUUACCGACAAUGUAUGGAGUGCCGACGGUCAACUCGCAGUAUUAAAUUUUCAAGCCGUCGGCCACCUAGCUGAAAUCCGUUCAGUGUAGUUCACAGCCAAUCCUUCGCACCUUUUUUCUGUUGUUGUCUUUUAAUUAGACCUGUUCUAGGGGUAGAGUGUCGGGCGGGAACGGGAGCCGUGAUAGAUACGACAGACCGGUGGAAAUGUCCACCUUUUCUUGUAAGAGGAGUCACCUAGCUCAUCAAUGGGCACAAAAACUCCCUACGAGCGCUGGCUCGGCAGGUAAGCCACUGUUGUCAAGCUCGAAAGAAUUGAGUAAAAGUUGUUGUCGAUUUGUUUGUUAUUGGUUUAAGUGAAAUAACUACGUUUUCCGGAAAGAAUGAAUAGAAAUUAAUGUGUUUAAAAAUGCAGCUUCUCUGCAUAUUGUGAAAGUUUUAAAUUCAUUUGGAGACCCCCCUAUUUAGCAGCGUCGGGGGUUUUCCAACUGGCAAGAUGCGCAUAAUUAAUUUGGCAAUCGUCACCUUGGGCAUCCUAGGUAAGACCUGUUUCAAUCUGUACACAAUUAAAAAAAAUAUAUACAUUUUGUUACGUUACGUGUUACACUCAGGAUAUGGCUUUUUUCUUCUCUAAUUUGUAGGAGUCGUCCUCUGUGAUCACUCAUCGCACUCUGGAACUCCUACUAUAAAAAGAAAAGGAGACCCACGAUCACAGAGUGAUAAACUGUUUGAUGAGACGCUAGACACAUUGUUAAAGGACAUAAAUGAUCUAUCCGGUGGAAAUGUCAAUCAAGAAUACACUGCAAGAGGGUUUCCGUCCGAUUUAAACAAAGCUGAAACCACCGGAGCUGGUGAUGUGCGCUCCGCGCUUGGGGAGAGCAGCUACGGCAUCUAUUUCGAUAUUUUAAGUAACGUUUUCGCCAUGUAUCAACCUCUGCUGAGAGAAAGAUUCCUGGACGAACUACCGGAAAGUCUGGUGUGUAUUUUGUCAGAGCGGAGAGACUGCAGCCUCGAGGCCGAAUUAACACGGAUAGCAAUCAGUGCGUCACAGGGGCCACUGCGCUCGUUCAUGGCUUCAGCUCGAAGUCAAACGUGUCCACGGUCGAAAUCCUCUACCAGUUCAAGCUUUUUAACGUCGUACUUUCGAGUGGAAGACACUACGCUGAAUCAGAUUAAUGCGUUUGAAGACAUGCUGAUCACUGCUUUGCUCAAUAUAAAUGCAACUAAUAAUUUCAUCUCGUCAUGGAACAACUUCAUUGACCUGACCAUGCCGCCCAUAGUUUCCUAUGUCUCUGACUUUUUGGUGAAGGUUCUUCAAACCCCAAUGGAUUUUAUAAAGAUAGCCUUGCAACUGGGUAUCGACAUACCUGCCUUGGAUCAAAGAGAACAGUGCCCUCAAGGUGAUGUGAAACAACUCCUGAUGUGGGGUAUGUUGCACAAUCUGAACUGGUCCUUCAGCGAGGCUAUCCUGGACAUGUUCUUCGCCCCUGAGCCUCCCCUGUGUGGCUUCCCUGGAGCAGACUGCCAGAGCACCCCCCAGUUCAGCCGCAGCCUGCCCUCCAACACGGACGACCCCAACCACCUCCUGAGCUGCGACCGGACCAAGCUGGCCCACCUAAACGCCACCAUGUGUGCCGAGCUGCUGCAGGCUCCCCCGCAGACACCCUCUACCCUCUCCACCCUCUGCAAGACACUCAACUGGCUCUCCCCUGAGGAGGUGAAGCGGGUGUGGGGGAACAGCUGCUAUGCUGUCCAGUCCCUUCUGGCUCCCUUCCUGGAUGAAGCCGCCUGCAGCCAGGACGCUCCGAGCCCAGAGACCCUGCCGCAGGCCCAGCAGGAUCCCUCCUCCUCCAGCACCACCACCACGCUCCGCCGCGUGGCCCGCUCCAACCGCAGCCUCAAGGAGCUGCUGUGCGUCUACGAGAACUGGACCGAGCCAGGCGCCGUGGAUCCGAGCACGGUGACCCUGUGUGCCGAGAACUUCCAAGAGGGGUUUGUGCCGCACGUCUGCAGGGACGUCCAGAUGUUUAGCACCCUUCUGGCCGACGCCAAAAAUAUGUGGCUGUGGGGCUACUGUUUCAACAACUCGCAGGACUUCAUGGUGAGCCAGCACUGCGCCUAUGACACCUGGACUCUGGAUAAAACCCAGCCGACCUUGGUGACCCUCUGCUGGACCUUCGAGCACGAGCGGUUCGAGGAGCUGCUCUGUGGCUUCAACCUGGAGUUCUUUAAUCUGAUCUUCUCCAACCCGAAGAACACCUGGCUGCGACCCAACUGCACGCAGCCGCCGGAACAGGUGGACGUGGUUACCCUGGUGGCCGAAGCGUGCCAGUACGGUGCGUGGGACGUAAUGGCACCAAUCACCGCAGAGCAGCUUUCCGUCUGCAUCCAGAACGAUGAGUCGGGCUUCCGGGGACACGUGUGUGGCAAUGCCACGUUCCUCGCCGUCCUGCUGAAAAAUGGCGCCCUUGGGUGGGUCAAGGAGUUCUGCACCUCCGCCUCUCCGAUCCCCCCCACGGAGCCGCCGCAAAUCAGCAUCCUGGAUUGGUGUGACUAUGCGCAGUGGGGCGAGAACCCCAUCGACUCGUCUGUGGUGGGUCUCUGCUGGCAGAUGGACCAGCUGGGCUUCCAGAAGAAUGUCUGUUGCAAUGUAGCCCUGUUUGAGCGCCUGACCCUUGACCCGCUUAAUGAGUGGCUCACGUCUGUGUGCACUGAGGAGAAGGAGAAGGACAACAUUGUGGCCCAGACAUGUCUCUACUCUGAGUGGACCCGCCCCAUCAUCGUCGACAUGACCGACCUGGCGCUGUGCGCCGAUAAGGACACGGAGAACUUCACGCAGAAGGUGUGCUUGGACAGGGUGGUCCUGAGGAACCUCUUAGCCAACCUGGACAACACGUGGUUGCUCCCACACUGUGCCAACCACAGUGACAUUGACGGGGGUAUCGACCCUGCCCAGCACUGCCAGUACAGGAGCUGGGUGGUGGCCUUGCCUGACUCCUUCCUCCUGGCGUUCUGCUGGGACUACGACCAGGCCAACUUCGUGUCGUCCGUCUGCACGAACCCAUCGGUCCUCUCCCUCCUCAGACAGGAGAGUUCAAGUGUGUGGGUUGGCACCCUUUGUGCCCCCUACACCCCCAGCCCUGGGGGGAACACAGCCACCAGCACCUCCUCCGCACCUCCCAGCAGCACCACCUCCUCACCUCCCACCACCUCCUCCUCCUCACCUCCCACUACCUCCUCCUCCUCACCUCCCAACACCCCCCCCUACCCCUGCCCCAUCCGGGAGGUGGUGCGGAAGCUGAACUGGUCAUGCAGCGCGGACUUCAAUGCGGUGUGCCACCCGGGCGCCAGCGAGCUGCAGGCGCUGCAGAUGCUCGUGCGCUGCGGCAUGGAGGUUCUGCAGCCCCGCGUGGACAGCCUGCUCACCCAGAACGUGGCCUCGGUGCUGGGCCAGGCCUCCAGCCUGUCCGUGGUUCUCCUGGUGGCGCUGGAGGAGAGCAAGCUGACCAGCAUCCGCGUGAUGGAGAACAUCCGCCUCAGCGUGCUGGAGUCUGUGCAGCGCUACAUGGAGAAGGAGAGCAACUUCGACAACAAGAGGAUUUUGCUCCAGUGUUUCGGGAAAGUGCUGACCAGCCUGAUGCAAACAGGAAGAGAUGUGCCCAGUGACACCUCUUUCCUGAUCAAGGAGUAUUUCCGUAUCCCGCUGGACAAGCUGCGGGCCGUCCUCAGUGCCCUGGACACAAGCACUCUACGGACCAUUCUGCAGUACUUCAACAGGAACCGGGACGCGCUAGAGCUGUCGGAUGCGUACCUGCAGACCAUGGUGUCGGUGCUGUUCCACACACACCUGGCACGGGACGCCAGUCUCUUUUCUGACCUGACCGAUCUGUUUGCCAUAGCCUCUCCAGCAGACAUCCAGGCCCUGCCGGCCACGCAGAGCGACCCCAAAGUUCUGUGGACCAUAAACUCCCUCCUGCCGUCUCUGUCUGCGGAGCGGCGUAGUGCGUUUGGCAGGUGGUUCGCCCGUGCCGUUGGCCCAGCCAACCUGACAGCCGGCAGCCUCUCCUUCAUCAGCGACACAGGCAACCUGAUAGCCUACCUGCCCUUCCACCGUUUCCAGCACCUCUCACCUGCUCAGCUGCUGGAUGGUUUGGACGUGUUGCUGAGGAACACACUCACUCCCUUGCAGCAGCGGUUCAUGGCUCAGAGUCUGACCGGAACAUUCCAGAACCUCACAGCCGAUCAGCUCAGGAGGUUGGGAAAUGUGACGUGUCUGGCCAACUCCAAAGACCUGAUGCAGUACGUCGGCACUGAGGCCUUCACUGCCAUCCAGAAGAACGUGAGGGAGUGUGUGGCACAGGGUCUUAGAGUACCCAGCAACAUGGUGUCUUCUGUGAUAUUAGCGGUGUCCAACCUGAGCUCUCCCUCCACCCUGAGCGCAGAAAGCCUCUCUGAGCUCUCGUACUUCCUGCCUCAGCUCGGCACAGACUUCCUGUCCAAACUAAGCCAAUCACAGCUUGACUCUGCCUUGCCCUCCCUCGCAUCCGUACCUUUCUCACCUGCACAGGCAGGUGUCAUUAUGGACAAGCUGUCCACCACUGUCAUUCUGACGCAGCCGGGGGGUCUGUCAACCCUGGGCUCCCUGGUGAGCGGUGUGCGGGUGGAGACCCUUUGGGGGAUCCCCUCCGACAGUCUCCUCUCCGCCCUGCCCAACAUCAGCCUCCACCAGCACGGCCUCAGCCCCCCACAGGCCAACGCCAUCACCACUAAACUCUGGGGUUCCCCUGAGGUGACAAGCUGGCUGGAUAAGUUGGAGCCCUUCCUGUCCAGCACCCCCUUACUGAGCAUGCUCCCCCGCAAAUCCCGCCUCAUCAGCAACAUCACGUCCGCAGGCACAAAGGCCUGGACCACCCAGCAGGCCAUCGCUCUCUUUGAGGAGGCACAGAAGCAGAAGAAGUCUGUCAUGUCUGUCCAGGACUUCAUGCAAUUAGGUACCAUAGCACCAGGCGUGAGCUGUAGUGCCAUGAACCGCAUGUUUAAGGACACACCCUCCCUGGACUCCAUGCUGGAGGUCCUGCACUUCCUCCGAUCUCAGCCUGUGCCCCUGCACACCUCACUGAAAAAAUGCAUCAUUGAUGAGUUGUACCAGUUUGAUUUCUUCUCUGACCUGCUGGGAGAGCUUGGAGCCCAGAUUGCUCUGUCCCUUCCGGUGAGCACCAUUAAAAAGUUCCCUUCACCCAUGAUGGAUGACCUCAGGAAGAUGGUCCUGCAGGAACCACGGUUCUUCAUGCUGCUGCCCACCACCAAACAGCUGCUGCUGGUGGACAAGAUGCUGCAGAGGCUGAACAUGUACACUGGCGUUUAUACUGAGGAGGAGUUCCGUGGCCUGGGCGUCAUGGCGACAUACGCGGCAGAUGACAUUUUUGUGCAGGUGGAUCGUCAGUUCUUCCUGGACAGCCUGGAGCAUCUGCAGGGUCUCUGCUAUGUGGGCACGAAGCAGGGCCUGGUGGCCCAGAUACUGCAGGAGGACAGCACCUUUGGUCCGGUGCAGAACUGGACCUCUGAUGUUCUGAUCCAAGUGAGACGGUUUCUGUUCUUCCUGUCAAAGGAUAAACUUCAGCUAAUCCCCUCGGCGAUGAUGACCCAGGAGCGCAUUGAGAGGCUGUUUAUGAGCCAACAGCAGUGGGAGGAGGAGAGUAAGUUUGGCGCCCUCUGUAUGCAGAGUAUGACGGUGCAGGAGCGUCAGGAGCUGUUCGAGAAGCAGCAGUUUGUCCUGCAGUUCUUCCUGGGGUUCCUCAGAGUAGACAGAGCACCAUCAACCCUGGUGCCCAGCUGUGAGAGCCUGUACGUGACUCGCACCUCGGCCUGGAGCAUGGACAGUCUGACGAGCAUGCCUGCUGCCAGCUUCGCCCGCUGCCUGGAGCUCAUGGGCAGAGACCGCUACCUGACCGCCUACCAGCUCCAGACCCUCCUGCAGAGGGCCAAAGAGGUGUACGGCAGCGCCUCCAGCUUGUCCCCCUCCGUGAUUGGCCAGCUGGGCCGCCUGUCCUCACAGUUCUCCGUGGAGGAGCUGGGGCAGCUGAACUUGUCGGAGCUGAGGGCUGUCGCCGCCCUAGGGGACAUCAACAGCUGGAGCAGCCGGCAGUUGUCUGUGCUGUUUCUGACAGUGUUGAACUCUAGCAAACUAACCCCCAGUCAGCUGGACUCCAGCACUCUGGUUGCCCUGGGAUACAUCAUCUGUGGGCUCGAGGCUCCACUCAUGCGUAACCUUAAUGCUGUGGAGUUCAGUAAGGCUGUGUUGUGGCUAGGCCGCCUCAGACUGCAGUGCUCAGAGGACCAGCAGAGGGCGCUAGUAGGGCUGCUCAGCCACAGUCUGGCUUUCGGCCAGAUCGGCACAUGGGGAACCAGCGAGUUCCUCGAGAUAGGAGCUGUCGCAGUGGGCCUGUCGGACAUGGAGAUGUCGUCUCUGGUGAGAGAGCAGAUCGAAGGGCUCACUCCGCUCGCCGUGUCCCUCAUCCCUCCUGAGAAGUUUGCUGUGGUGUUUCGGCCCGUGCAGAUAAGUAUGUUCUCGUACGGGCAGGCCAUCGUCGUGACGAAGGCCCAGCACUCUGCCUUGACUGCAGAGCAGCAGACUGCUCUGUCAAUGGUCCUCAACCCCUGGAAGGACAAACCAGUGGACUUCAGAGGGAGGUCAUCAGGGGUGGCUGUUUUUCCGUGCCCUCUGUGUCACCUGGGUGAACUGCUGAUGCUGCUGUCACUGCAGCUCCUCUUCGCCUCCCAAGCUUGAUGCAUGGCCUACAUUCUCCUCCUCCUCCUCCUCCUCCUCUUCCUCCCUCUCCUUCCUCAACACGUGCAGUAUACUCCUUAAAAAACAGCACUUUACACUGACUGUCAUGUUACAAGAAUGAUGUGAUGUUAAGUAUUGUUUGAUUUUGAAAUUUCACCAAAGACCACAUUCAGGAAGUAAAUAAUAUUAUGAGUGAAGAUAAAGAAUGCACAGCACUGAAUGUUGUUGUAUAAUUGUUGUUGUUAGGCUAUUAUUAUUAUUAUUAUUAUUAUUAUUAUUAGUAUUAUUAUUAUUACCACUACCUGUAGGUAUGUUUAAGCCUAUUGUGUGCUAUUUCUAUUUAUAGUCACAUCCCCUCUGUUGGUAUGCGGACUUUUUAUUUUCUUAUAGCCUGCGCAAUUGAUUAUGUUAUCAUUUAUUUAUCGAUUAUUUAUUUAUUGUUGUUUGU